UAUUUUUUUUUUGGUGGGGGGGAAGUUUGCCUAUUUUUUUUGGUGAACUUACUCACCAAAGGAGGCCUUUAACUCCAAGAAACCAACGUUACAAAAUGAAGAGCCUCAAGUAUCGAUUGAAAAAGCACGAAGUUACCAUCACAAACACAGACUGGAACAAGUAUGAUGAUCGGCUGAUGAAGGCAGUGGAACGCGGCGAGGUGGACAAGGUGGCUGCUGUUCUUGGCAAGAAGGGCAUCAUCCCAACCAAGCUCGAUGUGGAGGGACGCUCUGCGUUUCAUUUGGCUGCAACGCGAGGACACCUGGAAUGUCUCAAUCUCAUCCUGGGACACAAUGUUGACAUCACUGCAACUGAUGCCACUGGUAAAAACGCUCUUCAUCUGGCUUCAAGAAAUGGACAUUCUCUUUGUGUGCAGAAACUCUUGCAGCACAACUGUCCAUUUGGAAAUGUGGACCUACAAGGAAGAACAGCUCUACAUGAUGCUGUCAUGGCUGGCUGCUCCUCCAGUGUGAAACUUCUCUGUGACAGCGGAGCGUCUGUGAAUACUAGUGAUUUUGAUGGCAGGACACCUCUGGUGCUGGCAACCCAAAUGUGUCACCCACGCAUCUGUCAGCUGCUGCUGGAGCGAGGGGCUGAUAUCACCCUCCGAGACAAACAGAACAAGACAGCGCUCAUUCUGGGCUGCGAGUACGGCUGUAAGGAUGCAGUGGAGGUGUUGUUAAAGAGCGGCGUUGACGUGAAGGCAGUUGACGGCUUGGGUCACGACGCAUUUCACUACGCCCGUCUCAGCAAGAACCAGGAACUUGUUGCCAUCGUCAAAAGCUACCUCGACAAGGCCAGCAGAGAUAAAGAGGCUGCGAAGAUUGAACAGUGGAAGCGACAGCAUUCAGUGGAGAGGUCAGAGGCAGAGGUUACCAGAAGGGAUCAGAUCAUACAUGACCUGGAGAGGCAGAAUGACACCCUGCAGGAAAGUCUGAGGAACUACCACCAGGAUCAGAGGGCCCUGAUAGAACAGGUCAACAUGCUACAGGAACAGCUCACACAGGAAAAGAUGACUGUUGAAGACACUAAAAAAGAGAAGGAGCAGCUGAAGGUGUUACUCAGUGCCAAAGAAAGAGAGGACGGGGCACGAGGCCUGGAGACUGUCAAGGUCCAGCUCAGAAGCACUUUGGGGGACUACUCUGGGCAGUCGGUCAUCAAAGGUAAAGAAAACAUUUUGGUCCAUCAAGCUCACAGCCUGGAUUCUGAUCAGAUGCUCCAGAAUCCUGCUAUGACGCGUUCACUGUCAAGACCUUUAGAGAAGAAUCAGGCCGCUGCAGGUUGGGACGUCACUGGUGAGCUUGAUGCACUCCGACGUGAACUUGAGGCUGUCAAGAGAAGGCAACAAGCUGCGGAGGAAGAGACAGCUCGGCUUCAGUCCGCCCUGAACCGUAAAAACCGUGAGUGUCAAGAACUGGUUCAGAGCAAAGACACCAUCCAGAAACAGGCUGAUCAGCAGGUUCAAGAACUAGAGGACGCCUUGGGGGACGUCCAGAAGAGGAUGCUUGAUUCUGAAUGCAAGGUGAAGCAGCUGCAAGCCCAUGUGGUCGCAGUUAAGGAGCACUUAGGAGGGCAGGCAACAGAAGAGCUGCGUGCCCAGCUCCAGGAUGUAAAGGCCAAGUAUGAAGGUGCCUCAGCCGAGGUGGGUCGGGUUCGUAAUCGUCUCAAACAGAGUGAGAAGGCCUUGGAAGAGUACAAGAGCAGCGAGAACCAGCUGGCAGCUGAGGCUGAAAGGUUGAGCGAAGAGCUGGGAGCUCUCAAUGCAGAGAGAGAUGAACUGGCAGAAACCCUACUGGAAAUGGAAGCCCAGUUGAAGGAGGUUCAGACUAAACAUGGCAACACCGUACCAGCUGAAAAGUUUGACAACAUGAAAAACCUGCUGACCAAUGCAGUUGAUGAGAAGGAACGGCAGAUUGCUGAGCUGAGAGAAGACUAUGAUCGCGUGCUAGAGGAGGUGGCGGAGCUCCAUCGAAGGCUAGAUAGUCCAUCAUCCCAGGGAGGAGCAGGGGCAAUGUCUUCUGAGGAGCAGCAAAGGAUACAGGCAGCUCUCGAAGAGCAGAAUGCUUCACUGAAAAGGAAACUGGUCGAUGUGACUUCAAAAAGCCAGGCACUAAUUCAAGAGGUUGAAGAGAGCGAGGAAGAAAGAGAUAUACUACGAGAGCAGCUGGAUGAGCUCAACAGCAGGGUUGAGGCUGACUUCGUACCCAUAAAGAUCCACGAUGAAGCUCGGAUGAACAUGGUGAAUGCCUUGGAGGAACUGGAGGACAAGCUGGUGGAAGCCAGUGAACGUUACGGAAAGGCAGAGGCGCAAGUCCAACAGCUUCAAACCGAGAGGGCCACUCUGCAGGAGAAUAUCAGCGGCCUCCAAGGUGUGAGUGAGAGACACCAGAGUAAAAUGGACGCUCUGAGUUCUCAGAAUGCCGACUUGAUUGAGAAACUUGAACUUAUGCAGAAGAGAUGUGAAGAUAGAGAUAACGAGUGUGUACAACUGACUGCACAGAGCCAGACUCUGAAACAGAGCCUGGAGGGAGAGUAUGUACCCGUACAGCAGCAUGAACAAAUGAAGAUGGAGUUAAGUUCCAUUAUAGAGAGUGUUAAAGCUGAGAAGUUGAAGUUGGAGACCAAGGAAAAAGAAAGUGGAGAAGAAUUGAUGAAUGUGAAAGAAGGAAACGACAAGUUGAAAGAAAAGCUGGAAGAGGUUCUGUUGGAGAUGAAAAGAGACUAUAUAAGUGUAGAAGAGCACAAAUCAAUCACAGACAGGUUGAACGCUGCUGUGGUUGAGGCACAGAAUAGAGCAAACCAAGUAUCAGCGAUGCAUAUGUUGGCCCAGGAGGAAACAGGAAAGCUUACUCAAGAAUUGGAGGCCCAGAAGAAAGAACUCGAUACCAUACAGGAGGCCAUUCAGUCCAAGUUUAUCCCACUGACAGCGGUUGAGGAAAAGGAAAACUCUUACAGUACGCAGGUGAAGGAGUUAACGGUCAAACUGCUGGAAAUGGAAGAGAAAUAUAACAAAGAGAAAUCUGCCAGAGAGUGCAACAAACAAGAGGAAGAGAAACUAAAAGUUGAGAUCGAAUCUGUUCAACAUAGACUAGACACUGCUCUUGUUUCUAGUGAAAAGCAGAAGGAAGUUGAGGCAGAGUUCAAGGGCAAAUGUGAGGAAUUGACUCUGAAGUUGGUCAACCUGGAGCAGGAGCACAAAGAGAUAACCCUUCAGAAAACUGAAUUUCAAGACCAGAACACCCUCUGCAACACUCAGAUCCAAAAUCUCCAGGAGCGUCUGAAAUCGGAGUUGACUCGGAUAACAACAUAUGACACGGAGCUUCAAGCCCUUCGUGACGCCAUGCAGCAGGCUCAGGCUGAUUGCAAGAAAGCAAGAGAGUCUCAGCAGGAAGAGGCCCAGAGGGUUUGUGCCUUGCAGAAAGAACUGGAGGAACGCCGCGGGGAUCAGGCUUCUCUGCUGCAACAACAGGUCACGACCAAGGAUGCCCUGGAGGCUGAAGUCGCCAAACUCCGAAUGGCGCUUCGUGAAGAGGAGGAGAACAACACACAGAGGGCCGAGGAUGUCUCUGCUCUCCAAUCUGAGCUCCUUCGAGCCACCCAGGCUCUCGAGGAGCUUCGCUAUAAGGAAGACCAAAUGAACCAUCUGAAUAAAGAGAAGCAGCAGCUGGAGGAGGAGGCUGCCAACCUGAGCAACAAGCUAUUGAGCUUAGCAGAGGAGUGCAAAGAGGUCCAUCAGGAAGCAUCUCAAGCAAAGGAGGGUGAGAGCAAGGCCAAGACAGAGAUGGAGGCUGUCCAGGAGAAGGGACGCGCCAUUGAAAGAGAAAUUGGGGAGCUGAAAGAGCGAUACGACGAGUCACUCAGCACCAUCUGUGAUCUUCAGAGGAGGAUUCAGAUGUCCGCUCAGCAGACUGAAGCCAAAGACAAGAAGAUCACAGAGUUGCUGACAGACGUUGAGCGAUUGAAGCAGGCACUGAAUGGACUGUCCCAGCUGGCAUACACAAGCAACGCCCCCCAUAAGAGACAGACGCUGCACAUCGACACUCUUCAAGCACAGAUCAAGAGCCUACAGCAGCAGCUGGCUGAUGCUGAGAGGCAACACAGAGAGGUGGUUUCAAUUUAUCGAACUCAUCUUCUCAGUGCAGCACAGGGCCACAUGGAUGAGGAUGUCCAAGCUGCCUUACUACAGAUCAUCCGCAUGAGACAGGAGUUUGUGUGUUAAAGCUUCCUCCAACCAAAUAUGAUGCUACCUGCUGACUCAAAUUCACCAUUCUCAUAUCCUCUGCUGCAGAAAGUACCUGCUGUGGCCCCUGUGGGUGCCCAGUGUGUGUGUGUGUGUGUGUGUGUGUGUGUGUGUGUGUGUGUGUGUGUGUGUGUGUGUGUGUGUGUGUGUGUGUGUGUGUGUGUGUGUGUGUGUGUGUGUGUGUGUGUGUGUGUGUGUGUGUGUGUGUGUGUGUGUGUGUGUGUGUGUGUGUGUGUCUGUCAUUCAGGCAAUACUUCUCCAAAUAAGCCGUUGAAGCUGAAAUACAUUUCUGUGUGUUACGGCUACACUUCAGUUCCCAAAUAUCUAAACGUAUUUGUUGUGGCUGUAGGUGAAUAACUGUAGAUUUCAGAGACGAAUAUGUUAUUUGAACUUCAGUUGAAAAACAGGAAAUCCAAAUUCUGUUUACAUUAAAAUGCCGACAAAUUAAUUCAAAAUGUCCUGUAUCAAACUGUGAAAUCAUUUGGACUAAAUCAUCAACCUACAUGGAGGAUUUAUGUUUUUGCUUUCAGGUGUGUGAUGGUGCAAUUACACACAUUUCUGUCAAAUCUUAAAGAAUUAUAAUGCAAAUCUCUGCAUUGCUAUUAACCCAUUAUAUUCAGUAAUAUGGGAAACAUUUAAAAAUGUAGGUGCCCCCUCCUGUAUAGAUAACUCUCUCUUUAACACAAAGACCACUUUUCACAUUCCCACCUGACAGUCAGCUCUCAUACAGUAUGUUAGUGUCGUGAUGUUUGCUGAAAUUUGAAGAAUAGGUUCACUUUUUUUCAUUUUUAAGUCAACCUCAAUACAACACUCCCGAGUUAUUGGUUCUGUAUUUGUUCCUCCUGUUAAUACUGACCUUAAAGAGAUUGCUCUUUGUGUUUCCUCAGCCUGUGUUUAACUUCAGGAUGCAUUUUUGCAUAGGAGGAACGAUAACAGUGACCAAUGAGUCUUUCAAAGCACAUACAGCACAGACUUGAUUUGAUUUGAAAAAAAUGUGAACCUUUCCUUUAAACUUGGCAUGUUCAGGUUCAGCUGUAACACUUAAGCCACUCGCGUGAGAUGUUAGAGUCAGACUGUUCUCAUGUUGUUGCUUUGGGCACAGUUACCAUCUUUUUCUGGAGGUCCAAACUAGAGCAUGUGUUUUCAGAAUAAUCCAAAUACCAAAGACAGCAUCCAAAUCUAAAAACUACCUUCCAUUUAGGUAGAUGGUAGAUAGUAAUGUGUUACAUGUGGGAGAGCUUUCAGUUAUGUCACUCAUACGGUUACAGUAUGACGGUUACAUGAGACUGUCCAUGGUUUAUGCUGGAUUUGAGUCAGGGGGGUGUGGAGUAGAGAUCUCUUGCUGUGUCCUACAGUUUGCAGUGGGUCGUGGUCCUUUUGUUGAAACCAGAGUGUCCUCUAGUGGUGAGACUUGGCAGGCCAAGUUGAUGAAAUUGUAAUAAUCAGUGUGGCCCAGGGGUAGGCAGUUGUUGUUUUUGGUAGCUGCAUCGUCUGCAUGCCGGUAUUAAACACUAAGAAAAUAUAAUAGAAAUCUCAGACAGUUGAGAGAAUCUGAAAUAAGGUUUUAAACUAAACUAACUUUUAACUAUUAAUAUCUGCUGCUUUGCUUUACUUUACAUUAAAACCAAAACAUUUUAAAGACAGCAGAAGUCUCAGCCUAGAGCUCGACUUUAUCUCAAUCCUAAUAUUUGCAGCAGUGCACUUUGCAGCUCUCUUAGAAAAAAAGGGUUGCGUACCCCUGAGCCGGCUCUUUGUGACUCUUCAUGGUGUAGUGUAGUGGUGUUGUGAUUGUUGAGCAAGUCUCUCGUGCCUUUACACUGACAUAUUUUUCAUAGCUUUGUACUACUUUGAUUACUGUACUACAGUGUGACAAUUCUGAUAUUCAGCAGGUCUGGAAGUAGAACGGCACAAAACACAAGUUCAGGGUAACAUUUACUAUAGGAUGCCAUUUACGAAUAGAAUAGAUCCCUUUUUAAAUUAUGUUGAUAGGCACCCCUUAAAAGUUAUUUGAAGCACUCCUGUCAACUUCAAACAAAUUUCUUGCUCUCUGUUUUUAUACUUUGGCCAAAUACUCUGUUUACAACAGUUACUUUAGAAAACCAAACCUACUGAAUUUUGUUAUGUAGACAUUUGGAUUAACUCUGAUCUUUCUUUUGGAUAUUUCUUCUACUGUUAACAUUAACUACUAAUUAAAUGCAGUUAAAUAUCUAAAUAAAUCUGUUUAAAUUGGUUGUAUUCGUUGGCAUAGUAUUUGUGUUUGUGAAUCAGUAAAAUAAAACCAAUAAAAGUGCCUAACA